CAUCGUCUCCAAUUGUCUUAUAAGUCAAAAGGUGCGAGGACAGACUUCAACAGUCGAGAAAAUUCUUUCUAGAAAGUGAUAUAUAGUCAUGUUGUACGCGCUUGUUUUCGCCGUCCUCGUCGCCUCCGUCUCAGGAGCGCCUAAUGGAGGAUCAGGGAGACUUGUAGGAGGAACUCAAGCAGCCAGAGGAGACUUCCCUUUCGUCGUUUCCAUUUCGAAAAAAGAUCAGCACAUUUGCGGCGGAUUCAUCUACAACGACCGUUGGGUCGUGACGGCCGCAUCUUGCAUCAUCGAUGAACUGAAAGCCGACAUCAAAGUCACCGUUGGGGCUUUGUCCCUCAUCACUCCCGAUCCUGAAGAGCAAAUCAUCGAAGUUUUCUCGAACAUCACUUUCUCAGGAUAUGAUCGUGUAACUAAACUGCACGACAUUGCCCUAAUCGAGCUGUCCCGUCCCGUUGUUUUCAGCGAUACCGCCCAGGCCAUCCGCUACGACGAAAUCGACGAACUGGCCACACCUUGGGUUGCAGCCAUUGUCGGAUGGGGAGCAACUUUUCCUCAAGGAGCUCCAGCAACAAGACUUCGUUCGGCACCGAUUGAUAAUCUUGAUGCGGAGUGUCGAGAUUACGGUAUUGACGAGUACCAAAAGAACUUCAUGAUUUGUGCAGGUUCUUCCGAAGGAGUUGCACCUUGCGAAUUUGAUGAAGGAGACCCUUUGAUCCAAGAUGCUAAUUACGGUGGCAUCCCAGAACGAAUUGUGGUUGGCAUCAUGUCGAAGAACCAAGGAUGCGCUGACACAACCAUUCCGUCGAUUUACACCCGUUUGGCCACCUACUAUUCGUGGCUUCUCCAGAACGCUGGACAACAGCCAGCCGCAAACCGAGUUUAAUUCCAACACUUUAUAUUGCUCACCAUGCGUUGACCGAAACAAUCACACUAUAGUUGUUGAUUUUAUCGAAAAUCGCAAAACGAUAAUACACACAUCCCUAUAUGAUAUCAUA